ACAACUCUUCCUCCAGACGUUGCAGGAUGGCUAUGACUGACGUGCUCAGCGCUGAGGACAUCAAGAAGGCUGUGGGAGCCUUUUCAGCGGCUGAAUCUUUUAACUACAAGAAGUUUUUCGAGAUGGUAGGAUUGAAAAAGAAGAGCCCAGAAGAUGUGAAGAAGGUUUUCCAUAUUCUUGAUAAAGAUCGAAGUGGCUUCAUUGAAGAGGAAGAACUGAAGUUUGUACUGAAGGGCUUCACCCCAGAUGGAAGAGAUCUAUCAGACAAAGAAACAAAGGCUCUUCUGGCUGCUGGAGAUAAGGACGGUGAUGGUAAAAUUGGCGCUGAUGAAUUUGCAACUCUGGUGGCUGAAUCAUAAAGGCUUUGACCAAUGCAAACCCUUCACCAAUCCUUCACUGCCCAAUUCCAACCACCUCCUGCUGACUGCUUUGGCUCCUGUUCUAUUUAUUUAUGUUAUUUUAUACUCCAGCUCUGUUCUCUGCAAUCCUGCAACUCUGUAAUUGUGCUGAAAGACACUGUUAAAGUAAUAAAGGUCACAUCAAUCUGGGCUUUAUUCUCUCUCACUAGAACUUGUUUCUUAUUUCAUGCAGGCUUGGCACACACUGAGAGAAAAUUUUACUCCUUCUUGCUGACAUUCCUGCUGUUUUAUCCCUAGCUAGGUUAAAGUGGGAAGAAAUAAGUAAAAAAAAAAACCCAGGAAUUUAAAAAUCUGGGAUAAAACAUGCAUAUAAUAAGUCUUUCAGUCCAAGUUCUGAACUGUGGCAAAACAGACUGAAUUAUUUUUAAGCCAUCCUUGCUAAAUGGAUGCAUACUCAUAGCCUGGAAAAUCUCUUCUGAAGGCAAUUACCCAACUUCAUUUGGCAGUUGGCUCUUUUGACUUAAUCAGUCCUAUAGCUAAACCAGUACUUCCUAAUAUUUAACCUACAGCUCCCCUGCUGCAUUUUUGUGAUCAGUAAAUCAAUCCUUGUCUGGUUUUGUGUUUAAUAAAUAGUUUGCCAGGAAUAUCAGCUGGUGCCAAGCAUGCAUGGGAAUAACUUUGUAAACUAUUACAAAAGGGGUCACUUCUGAAACACAGGAUAUGUUUGCUAGCAAUGUUACACAACUAUCUAGAACAGGAAGAAUGGAAUACACACAAGAAACAACAGCAUGAAUUUUAGGAAGGGGGACACCAAGGUUCAGGUGUUGACAGAUGCUGCUGUUGACAUUCCCACUGUUAAAACAGUAAAUAUAGAUAUAUAGAUAUAUCCUUUCUUCUAGAAUUCACCAGGGAAGUGAAUCAUUAUUUUGAGUUACAUAUGGGCAUUUGAGACUGAAGCUAAGGAAAUGCCUAGCCAGCAAGAAACCUAUGGCAGAGCCAAGAGCUACACACUUGUAUCUCAGAUCCUAUUCAGUAACUUUGGCACCAAGAUCAUGCUUUCUGGUUGGGGUUUAGUUUUGAUUUUGGCUUGGGUUUUUUUAGUAAGGAUUAAAAGGCAAGAAGGGGAGGGGGAAAUCCUUUUAGGCAGCAUCUUCCCCACAUCUUGACAGAACAUUGAUUACUACUGCAAUAAAUAGGAAGCACAUCUGGAUUCCAACCUAUUCCCUGCAGCAAUAGUCCCUUGUUCCAUUCAGAUUUACUAUCACUGAUUCAGUAGACACCAGAAGAUAAGGCUGCAGCUCUGUCACCAUCACAUUGUACAGAAUACCAUUCUCUGCCACAGCUAUUACCCGUUGCUGCUCGGGAAGCCAAUAAACACUCCCCUAAAGCUAUUCCAGAUUUUCACUCUGUAGUAACUCACGAGGAAGGUUUCUUGGGGUUUUGUUGCUUUGCCUUUUUUUUUCCCCUUCUUUCCCUGCUGUGCGCUGAAAAGAACUCCUUUGGUUUUGCACACUGUAUAUACGGAUCUGAAGAAUGUAUUGAUUUUUAAGUACUCUAAAUAAAGCAAACGGAACCGGAUGGCAACGAA